ACCUCACACACUUUUUGUGAGUGUAUUUUAAGUCUCUUUGUCCCUCUUUCUCUUCAUCAUCCAUUGGUUCUUCUUCUUAACCAACCCUCUCCCUCAUUUAAAUAUGAAAUAAACACACACACACCAGAAGAAAAAGAAGCAUGAAAAAGAUCAAUCUUUUACUCAGAAAAUGCAAGAGUUUGUCAAGGCAGCUAGGGAGAUCUUCAUCAUACAGUAGCCUGAGGUCCAAAUCCACAAAAGAAGACAUAUGGGGUGGCCAUGGCAUGCAAGAAGAUGAACAUUGUGAAACAGUGUUUGUUGGUAGCACAAGAAAACGGUAUGUGAUCAGCAAAAAGUAUCUGAAUCAUCCUCUUCUGAAUGAACUUAUCAACAAGUCAAAGCCAAAGGGUAGUGAUGAGAGUAGUGUUUUGGUGGUGAACUGUGAGGUGGUUCUCUUUGAUCAUCUUUUGUGGAUGCUAGAAAAUGCAGAUCCUAAGUUUAGUUCUGAGUCUUUGGAGGAAUUGGCCGAACUCUACGUGUUUUGAUAGCUUUCAAUGUCGCAGAUUGCUAAGGCCUAAUGUAAUUAAGUAUAUUGGGUUGUACCUGCAUUUUGCAAAAAGUAAUGGUUGAGUCUUCUUUUUGUUUAA